AUGUGUAAUGUGCAGGCCUUAUCGUACUUUGAGCGCGUUUUUAUACAGCAGCAGCAGCAGCUGCUGCAGCUGCAGCUGCAGGGCGCGCUGGCGAUAGCGCAGGCGAUGCCUGGCGCAACCGCCGCUGCCGACGUCUCCUUCAAGCGCGGACCCUACCGGCGAAGGAUUGAGAUGGCCGCGGUGGGCAGCAGCGUCGGCAACGGAGAUCGACAGAAGGGGCUCUGUCCUUUCAAGGUGAGCGUUGCAGCAGAAGCGGCAGCUAUUCCUGUGCAAGGCGACACGUUAUCGGCCGUAAAGAUGACGACGGAGCAGCGGAAACGACAGCAACUGGGUGUCGCGACUGAUUUUUUGCAUGACGGCGGCAAGAUUCGCCAGAAGAUGGAUCGAGAUCGCCGUCGCGUGGAUGACGUGGCGCACAAGUACGGCUAG